AUGACAACCAAUUUUUUUCAUCCAGCUAAGCACAAGAAAAGCAAAGAGCCCCUCUGCUCCAUCCCAAAAAAAGGCGAGACAAUCUUGUCGAACGUGCCUCGGAAAGCGUCAACAUACCUAGCAAUAUUCGAGAUGGGUAAGCUUACUGGGCUUCUUCUUGCCUUGCUUUCGCCCCUGUGUGUUCUCGGCAGUCCCAAGACUGUCGCGGCCUGUGGGAGCACUGGCUUGUCGCUCUUUGCUGAGGCCAACUAUGAGGGUCCCUGCCAGGUUUUCUCGCCUGAGACUCUCGACAACACACACCAGGCCAGCUGCGUGGACAUCAGCCCCUCUAUACCAGUGAAUUCCAUCUACAAGGGCUCCUCCCUCAGCUGCUGCUUCUUAUACGAAAAACCCUGCCCGGACCCGUCGUCCCCGUUCUACCCUCAGCGCCCCAAUCUUGUGUCUCAGCGAGUCUUUGUCCCCGGCAUCUCGGAUCUGUGUCGUUUCGGCUGGGGGGAAAACACCAUCAAGUCCAUCGUUUGUCCCGACAAGCACACUUGCGAGUCCUUGAAAGAUGACAUGUCUACCACGAAACUCACUUUCUUCGUUGAAAAGGAGAUUGAAAAUCCAUUCACUGGGCGUGUAACUAAAAAGAAGGAGCCGCAGAAGAGGGAAGUCAGUUUGAGAGGGUACUGGCUGGAUUUGCAACAGGUCAAGGGUCACAAACGGGCCAUCUGAGUCCGAGAUGUCAGGCCAAAAGCCGGGGAAGACUAAAUGCGCAGC